AUGAAUGAUAUGCUGGUCAAAAGUCGAACACAUAAAUUAACGACGUCUUGGCUAAAAUAUGAGUCCGCCUCUUUCCGCUUUCUAACGCUCUUUAAUGUUUCCCCUGUUGAUCUUCCCCGUGGUUCGCUGGUCAACUUUGUAUACGUUUUCAGAACCAAAGAUGCCCCUCAUCCUCCUAAUCCCCUCUUUCUUCUUCUUCCUCCUCCUUUUUCUCCUUUUUCUUUUCUUCUUCUUCUUCUUCUUCUUCUUUGUGCUGUAUCACUUCAGCAUUUCUCCUUUCAGCAAUUGCAAUUUAUUCUAUCGUUGUCCAAUGACGUAAUUUAUAUCUACAUAUACACUUUCUCCCUGUCUAUCUAUCUCAGUGCCACUAUCUCUAUCUCUGCUCAUAUCUAUCUAUCUCAUCCUUUCAUAUCUAUCUAUCUAUCUCUAUCUUCUCAUAUCUAUCUAUCUCAUUCUUCUCAUAUCUAUCUAUCUAUCUAUCUAUCUAUCUAUCUAUCUAUCUCAUUCUUCUCAUAUCUAUCUAUCUAUCUAUCUAUCUAUCUAUCUAUCUCAGUCUUCUCAUAUCUAUCUAUCUAUCUAUCUAUCUAUCUAUCUAUCUAUCUAUCUAUCUCAGUCUUCUCAUAUCUAUCUAUCUAUCUAUCUAUCUAUCUCAGUCUUCUCAUAUCUAUCUAUCUCAUUCUUCUCUUAUCUAUCUAUCUAUCUAUCUAUCUAUCUAUCUAUCUAUCUAUCUAUCAGUCUUCUCAUAUCUAUCUAUCUAUCUAUCUCAGUCUUCUCAUAUCUAUCUAUCUCAUUCUUCUCUUAUCUAUCUAUCUAUCUAUCUAUCUAUCUCAGUCUUCUCAUAUCUAUCUAUCUAUCUAUCUAUCUCAGUCUUCUCAUAUCUAUCUAUCUCAUUCUUCUCUUAUCUAUCUAUCUAUCUAUCUAUCUCAGUCUUCUCAUAUCUAUCUAUCUAUCUAUCUCAUUCUUCUCAUAUCUAUCUAUCUAUCUAUCUAUCUAUCUCAUUCUUCUCAUAUCUAUCUAUCUAUCUAUCUAUAUCAUUCUUCUCAUAUCUAUCUAUCUCAGUCUUCUCAUAUCUAUCUAUCUAUCUAUCUAUCUAUCUAUUUCAGUCUUUUCAUAUCUAUCUAUCUAACUAUCUAUUUCAGUCUGCCAUAUCUAUCUUAG